AUGUCUGACUCGCGAAUACCGUGCCCUCUUGGCAAGCGAGUUCAAAAGAAAUCUAGGCGCCUGGGCAGUUCGGCGCAAGAAUUAGCCAAUCUUGAAGAGAUGGAGGAGGACUAUGUGGUUCCUUUUCUUGAUAGACUAUCGCAGGCCAUUAUUCACCCCGAGCAACUCGAUACGAACAAUACAAAUCAUCCGCCAUCACCGCAAGAUCAAUUUGAUCAUAACUUCAAUGACGUCGGCGAUGAUGUUAGGAUGAUGACUGACAAAUCGAGUUCAGAUUCGGAGUCGGAUGUGGACUCAGAACCCAAAAUUCCUGGAUUGGCUUACAUUCAUCUCACUGGAUGCUUAACCUAUCAGGAACGCCGGAUAAGGGAAGCUCAAAAAUGGAAAGAGAUCACUGAAGUGAUGUUCUUGACUUUCAUGAAAUGUCGGCUGAUUAGAAGAGGACGACCACGCGAACAGUUGACUUGA